CCUCUGCAACCCGACGAGCCCCCAGCUACCGCCACCCAUUUCCGGCCGGGAACACCGGUAAAAAUUGGGGAUUUCCCCUUCUUUUCUUGUUCUAGAACACCUAUUCAACCCAGAAUUUUCCAGAUCUGCUCUCUUCCCUCUGCCGUGAGUUCCCUGUUGCUGGGUGCGAAUUUCUGGGCUUUUCCGUUGCCGUCAGUUCCUCCAUUUCUUUUCCCCGUCGGCUUCCUUCCCAGCCGGACCCGGUGCUGCUUGCCGAAAUUUUCUGGCAUGAUGGACAGCUUCAUUUAAGUCCAAAUUUCAUCUAAUUGGUGGUUGCUUUGCUGAAUUUGGUCCUUGUGUGGCUGCCCUGUGAUUGUCCGAAUGCUGCCAAGAAAAAAAAUGGAAGAUUUCGGCAGCUUUAAUUGUGUUUUUAGUUAAUUCAUGUAGGAAUUAGUUUAAUUAGGCUGCUGUGAUGUUUUGGAGAGAAAAAUCCCGUGCGUGUGAGUUGUGGUUUGCCAAGCCAUGCUCUCCAUGUGCUGCCCGUGAGUAAAUGGGAAAAUUUGAUGUGUAUUAUGCAAAUAUAUAAGUGCACAAUUGAUUUUGUGCUUGAUUUCAGAUAGAAAAAUGAAUAAAUAAAUAAAUAGGGAUGUCUCUUUGCAAUCCCAGUACAAGAGGCAAACAACAAGAUGUUGGGAAUGAUUCUGAUCAUGAAAAGUGCCCAAGGAAGAGAGGUCGGGGAGUUGCAAAAGGUAUGAAAUGCCAAGGAACCUAUUUGAUUGGAUAUGGAUCCACACUGAUGAGCAAGGGAAAUUGCCACAUGGGAUGUUGUCAGAUAAGGACUGAAAUUGAACCCAGAAAUCUUCCCCCCCUAGAAAAAUCUCGGUUCUGCUCUGCUCUGUUUCUUCCAUCUGCUGCUCCUGCUUUGUUGGGGCGAAUUGGUUUGGUUUCUGAUCCCAUCGGCUUCCCCAACCCGCCAGCUCCAAUUUUGCUUGCUGGAAAAAUUGUGGUCCUUGAUCUUUCAGCCACUUUAGCACUUGGAUUGACUCUUCGGUUUUAUGCGAGUGAGGAAGCGAAGUCAAAGACGGGGAAAAACGAGGGGAGUGACGAGUUAGAAGGCUAGCCACCUGUAAUUUGAUAUAGAUUUUAGAUAUAGAUCAUGAUCUUGUAAGCUAAACUUUAUUUGGAGAUUUUAUAAAUUCAUUUAAUGGAU